UCUUGCAAUCCUUUGUGAAUCUUGUCUCGAUCUUUAUCUUGAAAUGACUUAUUUUUGGACGUAUCCGUAGAGACGAUCUUCAGAAAAAAUCCUUUAAAGCGGAGAGUUAAAAGUUUUGAGUUCCAAGUAUGCCUCUAUAUAUAAUGCCGGUACAGGUUUUGGGCGGUACCUUCUCACAUAUAUUGAACAGCGCUACAAGGAUUGGUGCUUUUACUUAAACAACUUUUCAAAUGCCAUAAAUAGUCGACACGCUGCGAUACCCUAUACCAGUUAAAUUCAGUAUUUUAUACCAAGUGGCACUGAGAUCAGCUCCUAAAAUGUAAGAGAUAAUAAUUACUAGUUUUGUGGAUCACACAAUAGAAGAGUUUGCCGUAAUUCCCAUGUUGAAACCAUGAGUGACCUACGGGAUUGGGAAGAUCGUGCUCGUGAAGAACUUAACGACAUCCCUGAGUUACGAGAGGCUCGCCUCAAUGAGUUUCGUCGAGCUAUGCUCAAGCUUGAGACUGAAGAUUUCAAACCUUCGCAGGAUGACGGGCUUUUGAUGUUAUUUUUGCGCUCAAGAAAGUUUGACCUUGAGCGAGCUUUGAAGACAUUUAAAGCAUGGGCUGUUAUGCGAACGGUUGAUCCUGACGUAUUUUUUCCUUUGGGCAAAGGACCUAUGGACUAUCGUCACGUCAUCGAUUUACCCAUAUUUACAGUGAUGCCCCGAGUAAAUCAUGACCGUACGACAGUCAUCGUAACCACAUACAAGCACUAUAACCCGAGCAAGUUUAAUUUCCUUGACAUCUUCACGUUGGGAUCGAUGCUAUGCGCUUACUUACUUCGAGAUCCCUAUAUCCAAACGUAUGGUGUGCGCUGUGUAAUCGACUACCGUGGACUACAUACGACGUGUCUCAAAGCAAUACCAUAUAAGUAUAUAAAGGCAUGUAUUUCACUACUAUGCCCAUCUCUUAUAUUCGGCUCUGAUAGAAUUUUUAUAUGCAUAUAGUUGAUUUGAGAGCAACUGAAGCAAAGAGCAGACGUUUCCCUAGUAUUUUCCUAGCAUAUUACAAUAAUGCAACUUAUUGCUGAGUUUGUUUCAGGUCCUAUAGUUUUUUUUUUUUUUUUUUUUAGAAAAAAGUUCGGGGUCCUCUUUUUUUGGAUAGACGCCUUGAUUUUUAGCCAAAGUUAUUAUUGUAUUUUUCUUUCAAAGUUGAUAAGAUUUCAGGUUCUUAUUUUUUCUGCAUUUUCUCUAUCUAUUAUUUGACAAGUUGUAUCUCAGAAAUAGUAGCCUUGCUUUUAUAGCCUCGCUUAGCGAGAGAAUACAAUUAGUAUACUUUUUAUCGAUAAUUAUUUUUCUUUGGCAAAAACGUUAGUUCAACGUGUUUUGAAAUGUUAUACUUUUAGGGCAAGUGAAAAUUACUGCGGCAUUAUUUCUAAAGCUGUACGAAAUUAAACACAUACUAAAUAUAGGAAAAACACGUAUAGAUUCUUCUAGAUUCCUGUCAAAUGCGUGAAAAGGGACAAGAUGAUUGCUUGUAGUAGAAG